UUUCCAUUUAUCCGUCAUUCGUCCCUUCUCGCCCCCCUCUUCUCCUCUGAAAGAAACAACAGCUAGACUCCAGAGCCGUCGCGACCGGUUGCGAACCUGAUGAUAUGGAUCCACUCUCUGCCGUGUCCCUCGCCGCCUGCGUCGUCCAGUUUACCGAUUUUGGGACCCGGUUGAUCAGCGAGACCACAAAAGUGUACAGGGGCUUGUCCGGCGCCACCGCCCGGAUCGUCGAGCUUAGCAACAUAUACCACGAUUUGUCCCAGCUCUGCCAGGCAAUCGAUGAAAAGCUGACCCUCCUAAGCGGCGCCAACCGACCACCGACUGCCUCUGGGGCAAGUCUCGUUUCAGCUUGUCACCGCUGCAAGGCCGCCGGUGUCAGGGUUCGUCAGUCCGUUGCGAAGCUCCAGGCAAAAGGCACUACAAAGAUCGACUUCGAGGCGGAGCUGCCCAAGGACAGCUAUGGAAAGAUCAGGAUCCGACCCGAAGAUAGGUCCAAUUUCCAGAGCUUCAGGACAGCCUUGAUCCUGAUGUGGUCGAAGAAUCAGGUCGACGGGUUACUUCGGGAUCUGGCCGACAUCCGAUCUGGUCUCAUGAUGGCCAUGAUCGCAAAUUUAUGGUACGUGCACUAAUAAUUUCAGCCGAAGGCUGACUCUACAU